AAAAAGUUGUUUAGGAUGGAAAGAAACCUUCAAAGUACAUACAAUGGCAGAUUUGUUCUCAGCUUUUGUUGAAUUUUGAUCAUUUAAAUUAUGUUAAACAAUAUUUUAUCUUUACUUUAAGAUAAGGACAAAGGUGUUGCUAGGAUGUGGCCAUUUAAAAUAUUUAACAAACCCACUCCUCCAUCUUCAGAGUAUGAUGAACCCUGGCGGUCCUUGGACUGGAACAAAGAUAGUCAAAAUAUUUUGAAAAAAAUAAACGACUUCAAACCUAGGAACAAAGAAAUCAACACUCUGAGAAUUCUUCUGUAUGGACCGCAAGGUGCUGGAAAAUCAAGCUUCUUCAACUCUGUAAAUAAUACUCUCCAGGGCCGCAUCACUACCAGAGCGCUGGCACAAUCAACAGACACUGGUGAAAGUUUUACUUUGAAGUGCAACACGUACAAAAUGAAGAAGGGCGAGGCUGGCUUUUUUUAUCCUUUCACCUUCACUGACAUUGCUGGUAUACACAAUCAAAGUAACUCAAUAAUGGCUAAUGACAUUCACAGAUUAUUAAAUGGUCACAUCAUCGAUGGUUACACUUUUAACCCAGUAAGUUCAAUUACUGAAGACGACCCAAAAUACAAAAGAAACCCCAUACUGAAAGACAGGAUUCACUGUCUGGUGGCUGUUCUUCCUGCUAUAACUGUUUCUCUGAUGCAUGAGGAGGUAUUUGCGCAAAUGAGAGCAGUUCGGGAAAAAGCACGAGAUCUGGGCAUUCCGCAAGCCAUAAUCAUGACCAAGGUGGAUGAAGCGUGUCCACUAGUUAAAGAGAAUCUUGAGAAGAUCUACAAAAGCAAACGCAUAAAACAGAAGAUGGAUGACUGUUCUUCCAGACUGGGAGUUCCUAUGAGUUUCAUUUAUCCUGUGAAGAACUACCAUGAGGAACAUGCCAUUAAUGUCAAAAUGGAUGUUCUGAUUUUAGAUGCUUUACAAAAUAUUGUUAACUUUGCCAAUGACUAUGUGGAGGACCAAAUAGACAAUAAAUCUUUCCAGACUGUGUAGGAAUUUCUAUUUUUUUUUUUUUUUUUUUUUUU